AUGACUUUUUUGACAAAGGUUGUUAUGGUGAGCCCUAGAAGGGUCUCCACUGUUUUCAAACCCUUGAUGGCCUCGAAGCUAAAUCUGUCGAGAGGGAUCAGAUGCCAAAGUACAUUUUCAAAGAAAACACCAGAGGAGUUACGGGCUGAAACUUUAAAGAAGUUCCCAGACCUGAAAGAUACUGAUUUGCUUCCAAAUGGAAGGCCUGAUUAUGUCAAGUUGAUUUUGACUUCAAGGGUGUAUGAUAUUAUUGAUGGAAGUCCUUUGUCGGCAGCUCCACUUUUAUCGCAAAAGACAAAAUCCAAGGUGUAUUUGAAAAGAGAGGAUACACUUCCAGUGUUCUCCUUCAAAUUGAGGGGUGCCUACAACAUGAUUGCCAGUCUCAGUGAAGAAAGAAGGUCUAAGGGUGUUAUUGCUUGCUCGGCAGGUAAUCAUGCGCAAGGUAUUGCUUACUCUGCUAAGCAUAUGGGUGUUCCAGCAACAAUUGUCAUGCCAACUGCUACACCGGCAAUUAAGUACAAUAACGUGAGCCGUCUGGGAGCAAGGGUUGUUCUAUUCGGUGAUGAUUUUGAUGCCGCCAAAGCCGAGUGUGACAGAUUGUCUGAGGAAGAAGGUUUAACUAAUAUUCCACCCUUUGACCAUCCUUACGUUAUUGCAGGUCAAGGUACCAUUGCAAUGGAACUUCUGAGACAAGUUAAGUCGCACUCCCUUAGUGCUGUGUUUGUGGCCAUUGGUGGUGGUGGUUUGAUUUCUGGUAUCGGAUCCUAUCUGAAAAGAUUGGCCCCAAGUGUCAAGGUCAUUGGUGUUGAAACGUUUGAUGCUGAUACUAUGUAUCAGUCUUUGAAAGCAAACAAACGUGUUACCUUAAGUACUGUUGGUUUGUUUGCAGAUGGUACUGCUGUCAAGACCAUUGGUGAGGAAACUUUCCGCACGUGCCAGGAUUUCGGCAUUGAUGAAGUCGUCAGAGUUAAUACUGAUGAAAUCAGCGCUGCAAUUAAGGACGUCUUCGAGGACACAAGAUCGAUAAUGGAACCUUCAGGUGCUAUGACUGUUGCCGGUAUGAAGAGAUACAUUUUGGAACAUCCAGAAAUCGACCACUCAAAGGAAACGUACGUUCCUAUUUUGAGUGGCGCCAACAUGAACUUUGAUAGACUUAGGUUUGUCAGUGAGAGAGCAGUCCUAGGUGAGGGUAAGGAGGUUUUCCUUGGCGUUGAGAUUCCUGAUAAGCCAGGUACUUUCUUACAGCUACAAAAGAUCAUUGAUCCAAGAGCUGUUACUGAGUUUUCAUACAGGUACUCCGAUGAGGCAAAAGAAACUGGCUCUGCCAGUGUGUACACUUCUUUCUCUGUUCAGAAUAGAGAUUCCGAACUUCCAGAAAUCUUGUCCGAAAUUCGGAAAGCUGGUUUUAAAGCUUGGGACCUUUCUGACAACGAGCUUGCUAAAUCUCACGGAAGGUAUCUCGUUGGAGGUAAAUCAUACGUUCCAAAUGAAAGAAUCAUUGCUUUCGAAUUCCCAGAAAGGCCAGGUGCCCUAACCAAGUUCCUUGACUUACUUCAAACAAAAUGGAACUUGACUUUAUUCCAUUAUAGAAAUCAUGGUGAUGAUAUCGGAAAGGUUCUUGCCGGUAUUUGCGUCCCUCCAGAAGAUAAUGCCAAAUUUGUUAGUUUCCUCAAGAAGCUUGGCUACAAAUAUAAAGAGGAGACUGAUAAUGUUGCAUUCAAGCUAUUCUUGACCAAGAACGCUUCGAAUUGA